AUGCGACUGCUCAACGAUCUUCACCAUGGCUCGUCCUCCGUCCAAGUCUGGUACUGCGGCAUAUCGUCGUCAGCUGCAUUCCGUUCAAUUCAGCAGGUGCCCGAGGAUCCGGUGGCGUGGCUUCCGGAGGGCUUCUUGGACCGGACGAGCCUCCGCGGCCUCGUCGUGGCGUCGUGGGCGCCGCAGGUGCGCGUGCUCUCCCACCCGGCGACGGCCGUCUUCGUGUCCCACUGCGGCUGGAACUCGACGCUGGAGAGCGUGGCGUCCGGCGUGCCGAUGGUGGCGUGGCCGCUGCACACGGAGCAGAGGACCAACGCUGCGGUGCUGUCGGAGAGUGUAGGCGUGGCGCUACGACCGCGCGCCGCCCGCGCGGUGCGGGAGCUGAUGGAGGGGGAGAAGGGCCGCGCCGUGCGGCGCCGGACGGGGGACCUGCGGCAGGCGGCGGACGCGGCGUGGGUGUAA